UUUUUUCUGUUCUAUGUCCCAUGUGGCUCUCCUUCGGGACAUGUGCUCGCUGCUGAUUGUAGCCGCGAACACACGUCUGGGCAAGAAGAAAUACUCUUACCAACGAACACCAUCCAGCGGGACUUUGUACAAUGACACCAUAAGCGUUCCAAG